AAGAGCUGCAAGAUGGCGCAGGCAAUAUUUGAGGUUCUUGAAGGCAUGGACAACCAGACAGUGUUGGCGGUCCAGUCUCUGCUGGACGGCCAGGGUGGAGUUCCAGAUCCAAACAACCAAAAUGUCUCUGCUGCACCUGCGAUCCAGUCGAUGGAAGACGAAGACGUGUUCCUGUGCGGGAAGUGUAAGAAACAGUUUAAUUCUCUGCCGGCCUUCAUGAUGCACAAGCGGGAGCAGUGCCAGUCCGGCGCUGUCCCCUCCCUGUCCACGGUGUCCCUGGCCUCCACCAGCGUCUAUCCGUCCGUCCCGUCCAUCAGCUCCGUGCCCCAAACUGCUGCUAACCGACAGGUUUCCACCUACAUCACGGUACCCCCCUCCCCCUUGACGCACACUCUGGUCCAAGGCAACGUGCUGGUCAGCGACGACGUUCUCAUGUCGGCCAUCUCGGCCUUCACCUCCAUCGACCAGCCCAUGGCCGCCAUGCAGACACCCAUACAGAGUAACCUGACCACCCACGCAGCGGGGGUGUCGUACCUGCAGCACCACCAACACCACCAUCACCACCACCACCACCACCAUCAGCAGCAGCAGCAGCAGCAGCAGCAGCAGCAGCAGCAGCAGCAGCAUCAGCACCAUCAGCAUCAGCAGUCCUCCCUCACGCCCGCUCAGCAGCAGCAGCCGCUCUCCUCGCAGGUCCAGGCCAGCCACAGCAACUCGGUGGUGCAGGUGUACAGCGCCAUGCCUCACAUGGCGGGGGGCGGCGGCGGUGCAGAGAUCCACACCCUGGGCCUGCAGGCUUUCCAUCCGGUUCAGGUGCCCAGCCAGUGUGUGGAGAGCCAGCCCUUCACCAGUCCUCCCGUCUACAGUCCUGGCAAGCACGGCACCAAAACAAAGACCUGCAGCGCCACCGGCAGCCUGACAGAGCUGGGGGACUUUGAGAAGGUCAUUAUUCCCAAACAACCACGGAGUAUAAAAAAAACCACAGAUGGAGGUGCAGCAGAUCCGCUGAAAGGAAAAGGUCCGAAGCUCAAGUGUAACUUCUGUGACAAAAUCUUCUCCAAGAACUUUGACCUCCAGCAGCACAUCCGAAGCCACACGGGGGAGAAGCCGUUCCAGUGCAUCGUCUGCGGCCGAGCCUUCGCCCAGAAGUCCAACGUGAAGAAACACAUGCAGACGCACAAGGUGUGGCCUAUGAGUGUGGCCAGCACGGUGUCCCGACUGCCAAUCACGGUGAAGGUGGUGCCGGUGUCGUCCGGCGAGGAAGAGAGGGGCGUAGAAGAGCAGCAGCAGCAGCAGCAGCAGCAGGCGGAGCGGGACGAAGAGGCGCAGCAGCAGGCGGAGCACCAGUCCACACAAGAAGAGGCGGCGGCGGAGCUGCAGGAGGCCGUGGCCGAGGUCCAGGCCGAUCAGGUGGAGGAACCGCAGCAUCCGCAGGUCCAGAUGCACGUGGAGGUGCCGCCGGACCAGAACCAGAACCAGAACCAGCCGUGUCCGGCUCCCAGCAAACAGAUGGUGGUGAUCGACAGCUCGUACCAGUGCCAGUUCUGCGCCAGCAGGUUCAAGACUUACUUCCAGCUCAAGUCGCACCUGACCCAGCACAAGGGGGAGCAGGUCUACAAGUGCGUGCUGAAGUCGUGCUCCCAGACCUUCCAGAAGCUGGACCAGUUCCUGGAACACAUCCGGACGCACCAGGAGCAGCUGACGUACCGCUGUCACCUCUGCAGCAAGGUGUUCCCGUCGCUGUUUGAGCUGGGAGUGCACCAGUACUCCCACUGCUUCUGCCCGCAGCAGAGCACGCGCAAGGAGACGUCCGUCUUCAGGUGUGCGAAAUGCCAGAGCAGAUACUCCACCCAGGAAGCGCUGGAGCAACAUCUGCUCAACGCCACGCACAGUUUCCCCUGUCCACACUGUCAGAAGGUUUUCCCGUGUGAGAGAUAUUUCCGCCGUCACCUCCCCACCCACGGCGUGGGGGGAAGGUUCAAGUGUCAGAUCUGCAAGAAAGCCUUCAAAACCGAGCACUACCUCAAACUGCACACGCGCAUCCACUCAGGUGAAAAGCCGUACAAGUGUUCCCUCUGUGAGGCAACAUUCAACCGCAAGGACAAAGUGAAGCGGCACAUGCUGAUCCACGAGCCCUUCAAGAAAUACAAGUGUCCCUUCAGGACACACGUGGGCUGCACCAAAGAAUUCAACAGACCGGACAAGCUCAAGGCUCACAUCCUGUCACACUCCGGUAUCAAACCCUACAAGUGUCUGUUCUGCCAGAAGACGUUCAGCCGGCGGGCUCACAUGCUGGAGCACCAGCAGUCCCACACGGACAACUACCGCUUCAGGUGCUCCGCCUGCAGCAAGGGCUUCACCCGCCAGAGCUACUACCGGGACCACAAGUGCCCCGCGGCCGGGAACGGGACCGGCCGGGGGGCGGGGGACGACGGGGACGGGGGCUCGGGGGGGGCUGAGGCCAAGGACGGAGAGGAGGAUGAUGAGAGGAGGACCGGAGGAGAGGAGGAUGACGAGGAUACAGAGGAGGAUGAGGAGGAGGACGAGGAGGAGGACGAGGGGUCGGAGCAGCGAGUGGAAGGACAGAGCGGGGAGGAGGAGGAGGGAGACGGGGGCAGGACUGACGAGCGCUGCCAGGUUUCUGGCCUGACUAUUGAAGAGCAGAUGGAAAGAGAGGAGGAGGAACGGGUGGAGAACGCCGUCGCGGCCCUGGAGCGGCGCGAGGACCAGAACGGCCUUCAGCAGCCGUGUUUAUAG